AUGCCCCCGCGGGGGGCGGCGGGCUCCUGCCGCCGGCGGCGCCUGGCGCCCCUCAACGAGGACAACGGGCGGUUCCUGCUGCUGGCCGCCCUCAUCGCGGCGUACCUCAGCGCCGGCGCCACCGUCUUCUCGGCCCUCGAGAGCCCGUCGGAGGCGGCGGCGCAGCUCCGCUGGAACCGGACCCUCCACAACUUCAGCCGCAUCUUCAACAUCAGCCUGCCGGAGCUGCGCGCCUUCCUGCGGAGCUACGAGGCGGCCAUGGCCGCGGGCAUCCGCGUCGACGCCCUGCGGCCCCGCUGGGACUUCCCCGGCGCCUUCUACUUCGUGGGCACCGUCGUCUCCACCAUAGGUUUUGGAAUGACCACACCGGCAACCGUGGCUGGAAAAGUAUUCCUCAUCGUGUAUGGCCUUUUUGGGUGUGCCGGGACUAUCCUUUUCUUCAACCUCUUCUUGGAGCGCAUUAUCUCUCUCCUGGCAUUUAUCAUGAAAGCGUGCCAUGAGAGACAGCUGCGAAGAAGCGGUCUCCUACCUCCCAACUUCCGAAGGGGGCCAGCAAUGUCCGGGGUGGGCAGCCUCGUGGGGUGGAAGCCAUCCGUUUACCACGUGAUGCUGAUUCUGGGAAUUUUUGCUAUUACCCUUUCCUGCUGCGCCUCCGCAAUGUACACGGCGGUGGAAGGAUGGAACUACGUUGACUCCUUGUACUAUUGCUUUGUCACCUUCAGCACCAUCGGCUUUGGAGAUUUGGUAAGCAGCCAAAACGCUGCAUACCAGAAUCAGGGAUUAUACAGAUUCGGAAACUUCAUAUUUAUAUUAAUGGGGGUAUGUUGCAUAUACUCUCUUUUUAAUGUCAUCUCAAUUGUAAUCAAGCAAGUUUUGAACUGGGUGUUGAAAAAAUUCGAAUGCAGAUGUUGCCCAAAGUGCCAUAAAUCAAGUGCCCGCCUCGGACGUCGCAACGCCAUCACCCCAGGAGCCCGCCUGCGUCGACAUAACAUCUCAAUAGAUGCUGAUGGACAGUACGACAGUGACACCGAGGGGAGGAGGCUCUCUGGAGAGAUGAUCUCCAUGAGGGAUCUCACGGCAUCGAAUAAAGUCUCCCUGGCCAUUUUGCAAAAGCAGUUGUCGGAGACGGCCAAUGGCUACCCGAGGAACGUUUGUAUCAAUACGAGACAAAAUGGUUUCUCCGCAGGGGUGGGUGCUCUAGCCAUCAUGAACAACCGCUUGGCAGAAACGAGUGAUUCUAGGUAG